AUGGCCCGACCAGCUACUCAUGCUCGCAAGCGUGACCGUGCUGCAUCACCACUGGUUUUGAAGAAGUCACCUAAACAGCCCAAGAAACCAGCCAAAGUCAAAGCCACUGCUGUUCGCAGCAUCAGCCCUUCUGUUGAAGGUCAAGCGGCUCCCAAAGAUGGUCGCAACCCGAGGACGAAGCAGACUGUCUCCGCCGCUGCUAUUUUCAAAAAACAGCCAAAGACCGAUCGUCACGCCAAGAAGCACCGAAAGCGUCGCGAAGAGACUCCAGAGCCUCCAGAGCCUGACCUCUUCGCUGACCUUCAGGAUGGUAUUGCUGAGGCCCGCGCCGCAAUUGGUGACCAAGCAAAAGCAGCAUUCGAUAGUGUCCACGCAGGCUUCGUUGAGAGACUGGCUGCCAUUCAAGCCGAUGACCAGGAGUUUCUUGAGAAUAUGGAUGCAGCAGCCAAGACCAUCAGUGGUUCUCUCGAGGAUGAGUGUGUCCAGACGGCCUUCAUCGAAGGUGGAAAGCAGGUCAAGAAAAUCCACAAGAUUGGAGAUCGUGUCGCGGCCUUCAAGAGCAUUGUCGAGAAGGAAGAAGCAAAGUUGGCAGAUUUAUGGAAGCAGUGGGACGACGUUCAAGACGAAUACCGGGAGCUGGGCAUCGAUAUCUUCGGACGAGAAGCUUUCGGCGUCGAUAGUCCGGGCCACGAUAAGGGAUUCUUCAGGGAGAUGAAACUUCUUGCUCUCGAGCAUGAAACCAGAGUCAACGAACUUGAGGAGGAGAUUGAGGGUGUUGGAAUGGACAUUAUGAAGAAAAUUAAAGCUUCUGAGAAGGAUUGGGCUACUACUACAAAGAAGGACCACCAGAGAUUUCUUCAAAACCUCAUUAUGCCUUGA